CUUUCAUUCUAUCAUCUACCAUUGAUUUACAACAAUGAAGCGAUGGGUAAUUGCACCUAUCAUACUUUUUUCCGUGGCGUAUUACGCUUACAUUCCACUACCAGAAGAUGCCAUUGAACCAUAUAAACAACACGUUCCUGCAAUAACGCUCAAAAUUGUUGAGGAUGUUGGACGUCUUGCUGAAUUGUUUGGAUUCUCCCGCUUAAACGCAACUCGUGCGGUAACGGAUGUGUUUCUUAUGGCGGGAAAAUAUCUACAUCCCAAAAUAGAAGGCGUUGAGGCAGAAGAAGGUACAUUUGAUGGCAUUGGCGUGAGAAUAUACAAACCAACAACUCCGUCAAAAGAAUUACGACCCGGUGUAGUGUACAUUCAUGGAGGUGGCUGGACUUUGUUAAGCGUUGACGGAUACGAUAGAUUCACCAGAGCCCUUGCUAAAAAGACUCAGGCUAUUGUUGUUUCAGUGGACUACAGGCUUGCACCAGAACAUGUAUUCCCAGCAGCGUUUGAUGACUGUGUGAAAGCUACCAAAUAUUUUAUGAAAAAUGCAGCUACAUUUGGUGUUGAUUCCUCAAAAAUUGGCGUUGCAGGCGAUAGUGCUGGUGGAAAUUUGGCAAUGGCAGUUUCCCUUUAUUUUGGGAAAGAAAACAUUAAACCGAAGUUAAAUUUCCAAGGUCUUAUUUAUCCUGCAUUACAAGCUAUGGAUUAUAACCUAUCGUCUUACCGGGAGUUUGAUAUGUCAAUGAGAAAUACCUAUACACCUGUUACUAAGAAGACAAUGAUACAUUACUAUAAUCUGUAUGGUUUUGGCGGGGAUCAGUACGUGGAAUACUUUAUAGAAAACACUCAUACAACACGCGAAACAAAGAAGAAAUACCGAAAAUUGAUUGAUCCAAGCCACCUGACGUGGAAGUACCAAAUGUUACCAGACGAUGACAACUCAAAAGAAAAUUUAGAAAUUGCAAACAAAGUUGCCAAUGUUAUACUUAAUCCUUAUUUUGCACCUUUAAUGGCAACAGAUGAAGAGCUAAAACUUCUUCCCAAGACUUAUCUUAUAACAGCAGAAUAUGACGGUUUACGGGACGAAGGAAUGAUUUUAGGACACCGCCUACGACGAAUUAAUCAUCCUUUAAAUUAUAAACAUUGGGAUGGAGUAGAACAUGGCUUUAUGAUCUAUUCAUUUUAUGAUUCAUACAAGUCUGGAUUAGAACACUUAUCUUCAUAUAUUAAAGAAGUUAGUACAUGAUUCUGUAAAUAUGUAAAUGUUACAUACUGUUUUAUCUACAUAAGUUAUGUUAAUUGA